AUGAAAUCGCGACCCCUUCAAAAUCUGACAAAGCUCAAGCUCCCAAUGGCUUGGUGGGAAGGCGUAAAUGAAACUCGUGUUCUGAUUGCACCAGAUCCUUCCACAAGCGGGAAGCAUGUGGGCCAGUUUUUAUCACUUCGGCAUCCCAAAACUGGAAAUAUGGCAUGCUACCUCUUUAUUGACAGAGUUCUUCAAGAACUUCACUGGUUCAAGCAAUCUUAUGGGUCUUGGUUCCUUGGGGACUAUGUUUGUGAAGACGGUCGCUUGUACACUGCUACUCCAGUUGAUCCUGUCUUCAUUCUGUUGCCAAUUUUUGAGGAAGCACGGAUGAAGAAAGGGGAUGAUCCGGGAAAGUUUAGGCAAUUGGAUGAGAUAGUUUAUGUUGAUGGCUAUCCUGGAUAUCAUACUCUGUUGUCCAUUGCGGAGAAAUCUAUGCAAAUAGUCUGUGAUCUCAAAGAAAUUGGGUCGACCAAGUUUUUUAGGCUCAAUGAUUUAAAGGUAUUGAGGUGGUUGUGCUACAAGGUCCAUCAACUGAAGAAGACUCUACCAACAUUGGAUAAGAACUAUGCUGCUCGAGAUGAGAAAGACACAUUAUUUGAAGCAGUGUCAAUAGUGGGAGAGUACUUGAAGGAAGAGCCUUGGUUGAACCUCCUGUGCAGCAAAUUCAAAUUAAACUUACAAGAGGCAGCGAAUGCACGAGAUACUGAAGUAGGUUUACAUUCCAACGGAAGUGGUCCUGCAUCCUUUAAUCCUGUUCAGGAGAGUAACAAGAAAACUAUGCGGACCACGAGGCAAACUAAGAAGGCCAAAGUAGAGGAGAAUUCGAAAAAUAUCAAAGACAUGUUCUCCAGGGCUGCAAGAAAGGGAAGAUGA